AUGUGUUGGGCAGCUGAUAGUAUAAUAGGUAAACCUAGAGUAUACCCAAAAUAUGGUGAUAUUCCUGGAGCAUGGGCCCAAGGACAAAAAGAUUCAAAACAGUUUAUUGAGGUGGAAUUUGACCAAGAAAUCUACAUUCAAAAGAUAGAAAUAUAUGAAACCUACCAUGCUGGGGCUGUAAAAACAAUUUCUGCUAGGAAACCAAACAAUAAUUAUGAAGUUAUAUGGAACACAAAAUCAGUCACCAACAUGAACCGCAGCAGAAUAUUUUCACCAGAUUUAAAGAGACUUUCAUUUCUAUGUAAGGUUUUGAGGAUUAAUAUAGACUGUACAGCAUCAAAAUCAUGGGUGGAAAUUGAUGCUAUAAAGAUUACUGGAACAGUACCAUAUCCUCACAACCAAACAGCACCUUCACCAGUUAUCAAUAACCAAUCAGUGCAUAACCCAAACAAUGUUGACCAGUGGGUAUCCAGAGUUGUUAACUAUUCUUCCCAAUAUGAUGAUAAUUCCUGGCCUGCAUCUUGUAUUGCUGGAGAACCAAGAGUCUAUCCAAAGUAUGGUGAUAUAUCAGGAUCAUGGGCCCAGGGGACCUUAGAUGCUAAUCAGUUUGUUGAGGUAGAAUUUGCAGAAAAGAUUUUCAUAGAAAAAAUAGAUAUUUAUGAGACAUAUCAUGCAGGAGCAGUGAAGAAAAUUUUAGCCAAACGUCCAAAUGGAGAGUGGUGUACGGUGUGGGAGACAUCAAGAGCAAUCUGUCAGAACAGCAGUAGGAUAUUUUCACCAUCAUUUCAGAAAUUGAAUUUUCGAUGUAACGCACUGAGAAUUAAUGUUGAUUGUACUGUAUCUGGAUCAUGGGUGGAAAUUGAUGCCAUCAAAAUCUCAGGAACUAAGUUCAAUUUUGACAUCCCACCAGCACCAAAUGAUAUCACAAAUGAUUUAGCCAAACUUGUCAAUAGUUCAGUGUUUAGUGAUAUCCAGUUUGAUGUAAAUGGAGUUAAAUUCCUUGCUCACAGAGCCAUCUUGUGUGUCAGAUCUGAGUACUUCAGGGCUAUGAUUCAUUUUGAAGAAAAUGGUUCAAGGGCUCGUGGACAAGGAACAACACAACCAACUGCCCCUCCCCUGCCAUCUGAAGAAGUGUACCAACCUGAACAGAUGUGUAAUGCACCUCCAUCUUAUGACUCUGUAACUCAAUACCAACCUGAGAUGCCCUCUGGACCAGUGUCUGGACUAGUGCCUGGACCAGCUCAAUAUCACAACCAACAACAAACCCAGGCUCAGUCACCAAUAAAACUGAAGGAUGUGGAGCCAGGAGUAUUUGCUGUUGUAUUACAUUAUGUAUACACAAACAGAAUUCGACCAUUUUGUUCACCACAUGUUCUGCCACAUGUCUGGAGAAUUGCUGAUAGAUUUGCUAUGGAUGGUUUAAAGGCGCUGGCUAUCUUACAACUGAAUACUUCAUUAACAAUAGACAAUGUUAUAGAUAUUUAUCAAAAUGUGAUAUACGGACUUCCUGUUAGUGAUAACAUGAAAGAUGUGUGUGAACUUUUUAUGCAGAAUCAUAUGGCAGAGGUUGUUAGACAUAGAACGUUUAUGAAUUUAAACAAAAAACUUGUGGCAGAAUUAACAAGGAAAAUGGUUAAAACUGGGAAAUAA